AUGGACGAAAAGUCAAAGGACGAAACACUCCACAUCGACGAUGUGUCCCGCGAUACAGAAGCCAUUACAGUCCGCCACCAGCAGCUCCUUCGCAAGAUUGACUGGCGCCUGCUUCCACUGUGCGCAUUCAUCUACUUGCUAAACUACCUCGAUCGAUCGAACAUCGGCAAUGCUAAGGUCCUGAACGCUGAAACCGGCGAUUCGCUGGAGCAGCAAACUGGACUGACAGACACUUGGUAUUCAAUAGCCCUUACACUGUUUGCUGUGGCAUAUUCGCUGUUUGACGUGCCGUCCAACUGGAUUUUGAAACGCUAUGCUCGCCCAUCGUACUGGCUCGGGGCGCUGAUGCUUUGCUGGGGCGCGGUGACUAUCGGUUUCGCAAAGGUGGACAACCUGCCCACGGUUGUAGUGCUCCGUGUGUUGAUCGGAGUCUUCGAGGCUGGCUUCUUCCCUGGUAUGGUCUACCUCAUCACCUUCUGGUACCGGCAGGAAGAGCGCUCCAUCCGCAUUGCCUUCAUUCUCGCAACCGCGACGCUUGCGGGAGCCUUUGGGGGUUGCAUCGCCUACGGAGUUGCGUUCAUAAACGGGAAAGGCGGACUGGAGGGAUUCCGCUGGCUUUUCAUCAUUGAAGGAGGAGCAACAGUCCUCGUCGCUCCCGUUGUGGUGUUUGCGCUGCCCAACUACCCAUCGUCGGCGACGUGGUUGACGCUAUCGGAGCAGCGCUUCGCGAUUGAGCGACUCGAGCAGGAUGGGGGCGUGCCCACCCGAGAUCGGGCGUCUCGAGAAGAAAUUCUCGAAACUGUGUGUAGCCGCCGGAUGCUCCUACAUUACCUAGCUUAUUUCGCGAACAAUACUGUGAUGAGCUCUCUGGCCUACUUCAGUCCCACGAUAGUCAAGGGCUUGGGGUAUACCUCCAUUCAAGCGCAGCUGAUGACAGUUCCCCCGUGGGCGGUUGGAUACGUGAUCUCAAUGCUAUUAGCCUGGUCUGCGGACCGGUUUAAUGCGCGUGGACUCCAUGUUUGUCUUGCAGGAGUGCUUACAGGUACUGGGUUUCUCGCUAGCCGCCUGCUUCCAGCAGAGGCCUACGUGUCUCGGUACGGAUGCCUCAUUGUUGCCUCGUGCGGUGCCUUCCCCAGUGCUGCACCCUUGACGGCCUGGGUGACCUGUAACGCCCCUUCCACAAGGACCCUGGGCCUCGCGGCCGCAAUGAACAACUCGAUGGUUGGACUGGCUUCCAUUUUGGCGUUGUGGGUUUGGAGAUCGGUGGAGGAGGAUCGUGGGUUUCCAACUGGGAACACAGUCUGCGCUGUAGCUGGGUUUGCUACUGCAGGGCUCGCGCUGGUAUUGCAUUUUUUCUAUCUGCGAGAGAACAAGAGGAUGACUGGACAGGGCCAGAAGGCUUGGGCACUUUGA